AUGUCCGCAUCACUGUCUUACCGCAUUUACAAAAAUGCUCUCCUCCUAUCUGCCUUCUUGACUGCCGCUCAAGCACAGCAAGUUGGUACCUCAACCUCUGAGGUUCAUCCGUCUUUGACCUGGUCGAAAUGUUCGAGCGGUGGAAGCUGCACCACGCAGAGCGGCUCGGUGGUCAUUGAUGCCAAUUGGCGAUGGGUCCACAACGUCGGUGGCUAUACCAACUGCUAUACUGGCAAUGAGUGGGACUCGACACUGUGCCCUGACGAUGUUACCUGUGCGGCCAACUGUGCUUUGGAUGGUGCCACAUACGAAUCGACCUACGGUGUCACCACCAGCGGUGAUGAACUCCGUCUGAACUUCGUUACUACUGCCUCGCAGAAGAACAUUGGAUCUCGUCUCUACCUGAUGGAGGAUGACACCACUUACCAAAUGUUCGAUCUGUUGAACCAGGAGUUCACCUUCGAUGUGGACGUCUCUAAUCUCCCCUGUGGGUUGAACGGUGCCCUCUACUUUGUUGCUAUGGACUCCGAUGGUGGUAUGGCUCGCUACCCCACAAACAAAGCUGGAGCCAAAUACGGAACAGGUUACUGUGACUCUCAGUGCCCCCGGGACCUGAAAUUCAUCAACGGUCAGGCCAACAGCGAAGGCUGGACUCCUUCCGAAACCGAUGUGAACUCCGGUAUUGGUAACCACGGUUCCUGUUGUGCGGAGAUGGAUAUCUGGGAGGCCAACUCGAUCUCGAACGCAGUCACUCCUCACCCUUGUGAUACUCCAACCCAGACCAUGUGUGAGACAGAUGCCUGCGGUGGUACUUACAGCAGCGAUCGUUACGGCGGCACUUGUGACCCCGAUGGAUGCGAUUUCAACCCUUACCGCAUGGGUAACACCACAUUCUUCGGUCCUGAUAAGACUGUCGAUACCAACUCCGUGUUCACCGUGGUAACCCAGUUCAUCACCGACGAUGGUACCUCCUCGGGCACUCUGAGUGAGAUUAAGCGUUUCUACGUCCAGGAUGGCGUCGUCAUCCCCAACUCCGCCUCUACCAUCAGCGGUGUGAGUGGUAACUCCAUCACUACGGACUUCUGCACUGCCCAGAAGACUGCCUUCGGUGAUGAGGACAUCUUUACCGAGCACGGAGGCUUGGCCGGUAUGGGUGCCGGUCUCGCUGACGGCAUGGUUCUGGUUAUGAGUCUUUGGGAUGAUCACUACGCCGAUAUGCUCUGGCUUGACAGCAUCUACCCGACGACCGAUUCCUCCACCACCCCAGGUGCUGCCCGUGGCUCCUGUGACAUCUCAUCUGGAGACCCAGCUACCAUUGAAUCAUCCGAGGCAGACUCCUACGUCAUCUACUCGAACAUCAAGGUUGGUCCGAUUGGCUCCACCUUCUCGUCGGGUACCUCCAGCUCGAGCACUACUACCAAGACCACGUCUACGUCCUCCAAGACUACUUCCACUUCCACCAAGACUACUUCCACUUCCACCAAGACUACUACCACGGCUUCUAGCACCACUGGUGCUGCUCACUACGCCCAGUGUGGUGGAUCUGGAUGGACUGGUGCCACCACCUGUGCCGACGGCUACACCUGCACUGCGCAGAACGCCUGGUACUCCCAGUGCCUAUAG